AUGCUCAGUCCAACCCUCCCUCCAUACAAGACAUCCCGACCGCCCAGAGCCGCACGUAUCUUCCUUUUUCUUUUGCGCGCAGCCAUUGCUAUCCCCAAUUGUUCAAACAUCAUUAUGAGUAAAGCACAAUCACCGUACGACUCACUCCGGAACAUACCGCAGUACUACGACAACUCGGACUCGGAGAAGUCGGCCCUCAACCUCAUACUUGCGCUGCGGCCAGAAUGGGAGGAAACCAAGGACACAAUUGAGUUUGUGCGGUUCACCGAUGGCAUCACGAACACGCUUCUGAAAGCGGUGAACAACCUGCCCGGCCUGUCCAAGACCGAGGUCGACGACGACGCGAUCCUGCUGCGAGCAUACGGAAAGGGAACAGACGUCCUCAUAGACCGCGAGAAGGAAACCCGCUCCCACUCGCUGCUCGCACGCCACAAUCUCGCACCCUCUCUGUACGCGCGGUUUGAAAAUGGUCUCCUAUACAAGUACAUUCCAGGCGACGUAUGCACGCCUGAAGAUUUGCGACGGCCAGACGUAUGGCGAGGAGUAGCACAGAGGCUGGGAGAAUGGCAUGCCACAUUACCUAUAUCGAGCAUUAGCAGCACAUGUCCCGCGCCCGCACAACUCACAUCUCACAACAACAAGCGUGCGUCUCUAGCCGCCAUGGCGACCCUCACGCCAGGCAAGCCCAUCCCGAAUGUGUGGACAACAAUGCAGAAAUGGAUCCUCGCGCUGCCGACCGACACAACGGCGCAGGCCGAGCGGCGCGAUGAGCUCAUGCAGGAACUCGAAAGCUUAGUAGCGUUAUUGGGUGACACGCCCGGUGUAGGCGGCUCGAAUCCGUUUGUCUUCGCCCAUUGCGACCUCCUCUCCGGCAACGUGAUUCUCGAGCCUACGCCGUCCUCUGCCUCUGCCUCGCGCCGAUCUAGUGCGUCGAGCGGGUCCGACUCGCCCGACACCGCAGCUGCAUGCGUGUCGUUUAUCGACUACGAGUACGCGACUCCUGCUCCUGCUUCCUUUGACAUUGCAAACCACUUCGCCGAAUGGGGCGGUUUCGACUGCGAUUACAACGCUAUGCCCACACGCACCACUCGCCGCGCUUUUCUCCGCGAAUACCUCCGCAGCUUCAACGCGCACCAGAAUAAAAGUUACAAGGAGGAGGAGCUCGAGAUGCUGUUUGAGCAGGUCGAUCGCUUCCGUGGCGUUCCGGGGUUUUAUUGGGGCAUCUGGGCGUUGAUCCAAGCGCAGAUUUCGCUCAUCGAGUUCGACUAUGCGAGUUACGCUGAGAUACGGUUGGGCGAAUACUUUGCGUGGAAGAAGACGCUUGAUGGGGGUGUGGAAACGGAGAAUGAGCGUAUGGUGCUGAGGGAGAAGAUUUGGGCGUCAGAAGAGUAG